GCGUGGCAGGAGGGCGGCCACUUCUACAUACAGAUGGACUACUGCGAGGGUGGCAGCCUGGCGCAGAGGGCGCACUCGUGCAUGUCGGAUGAGCAGCUGUGGGCGGCGGCCUGCCAGUCGGCGCGCGGCCUCCGCUUCCUGCACUCCCACGGCGUGCUGCACCUGGACGUCAAGCCCGAGAACAUCUACCUGGCCGCAGGCACCUGGCGCAUCGGCGACUUUGGGCUGGCC